UAGGCUCUGCGCGUCUCUGUAGGUCGGCGUCGAGCGCGGGGAGCUCUGGGAAGAUGGCGGGGGUGGGCAUGGCGGCUGUGGCCGCUCGGCUGCCUCUUUGCAGGUGGGGCCGGGCGCCCAUCUCCUUCGGCUUUCACCGUGGUGUCAGCGCGUUACUUGCCCAGAACCCCGAGUGGGCGCCACGGGGGCUCCCAGCUUGCAGACAAAAGACAUCAAUCUCUUUCCUUAGUCGACCAGACCUUCCAAACCUGGCUUAUAAGAGGCUAAAAGGCAAAAGUCCGGGAGUUAUCUUCAUCCCUGGCUAUAUUUCUAAUAUGAAUGGUACAAAAGCAUUGGCAAUUGAGGAGUUUUGCAAAUCUCUUGGUCACGCCUAUAUAAGGUUUGAUUACUCAGGAGUUGGAAAUUCAGAUGGUAACUUAGAAGAAUGCACAGUGGGAAGAUGGAGAAAAGAUGUUCUUUCUAUAAUUGAUGACUUAGCUGUAGGACCACAGAUACUAGUUGGAUCUAGCCUCGGUGGAUGGCUUAUGCUUCAUGCUGCGAUUGCACGGCCGCAGAAGGUAGUUGCCCUUAUUGGUGUAGCUACAGCUGUAGAUGGCCUGGUGACACAGUUUAAUCAGCUUCCUGUUGAGGUAAAAAAGGAAAUAGAGAUGAAAGGCGUGUGGGCCAUGCCAUCAAAAUACAGUGAAGAAGGAGUGUAUCACAUUCGGUACAGUUUCAUUAAAGAAGCUGAGCACCACUGCUUGUUACACAGCCCCAUUCCUGUGAACUGCCCUAUCCGAUUGCUCCAUGGCAUGAAGGACGACAUCGUCCCCUGGCAUACGUCCCUGCAGGUUGCUGACCGAGUAGUCAGCACAGACGUGGAUGUCAUCCUCCGAAAACAUAGUGAUCACCGAAUGAAGGAAAAAGCAGACAUUCAACUUCUUGUUUACACUAUUGAUGACUUAAUUGAUAAACUCUCAACUGUAGUUAACUAGAAGCACAUUUUUAGUUGGUAUGUAGACUAAUGGAUCCAGAAGAUUGCAAGAGGAUAACAAAUGAAAGACCCUGAUACUUAAAAGGUUUUUUCCUCUUCUCUCUGGUAAAUAUCACCUAUUUAUUUAAUAAUGUAUUUGCACAAGUGAUACAAAUUGUGAAGGAAGUAUCAGCUGCUGUUAGGAAAAUUUUCUCCUUCCUGCAAUCCUUGAUUUUUUUUUUUCAUGAAAAUAUUUCCUAUUUUUUUAUUAAGAAGAUGUUUACCUUCUAAUGCUUAUGUUAACCAUGCCAGCUCUUGUGUUCUCUUCUACUUAGAAUUGUUAAUAAAGCUUGAAUUUUUUGGUUUUUGCUUGGUAUCACUGUAUAUGGAGAUUUGUAAAAUUCUGAUUUUAAAAUGCAGUUUACAAAAUAUAGGAAAAUGUUUAUUGAAAUCUGAAAUGACUUGAGAAAUGUCUGAAGCAUAAUAAAGUUCAGAAAAUAAGGAUAUUACUUUAUAUAUUAUAUCCUACAUGUUAUAUUUGAGCUUAAAAUUAAGGUUAUCCUUUUUUAAAGGCUCCAAACUUUACAGUGAUAUAAAGGAGCCGUAUCAUUUCUAACUUUUGGCUCAUAUGUCAUAUAUUUAAAUGGAAUUUCCUCUUAAACAAUGAGGUAUUUUCAUAUUUCAUAGAGGAAAUUUAUCUUUCUCCAUUAUUAGCUACCUGCAGAAGUGUUCCUUUUUUAUUAAUAUGUGCCUUCAGUACAAAUAGUCAAGUGUUUACCCACCCAAGUCAGAGAACUUUCUACAGUGCAGAGAUAGUAAGAAAAGAUGAGAUGCAAAUAUAAAGGUUUUAAAUAACUGAACUUGUGCAGUAAUCAGUCUUGAUAAUCAGUAUUGAGUUGGUGUUUUCUAACUUGUCAUUUUGGCUGAACUUUCUUUAGCCCACUUAAGUUAUGUCUGUCAAAGUAAAACUUCUUUAAGUUGACAACAUGACAUACAUAUAUAUGUAUAUAUCUAUAUCUAUAAUGAGCAUAUGUCAAAGAUUUAUUAAACUUCUUAGGGAAUCGACAGAUGGUAAACCUGAGUCAGAGGACAAUUCAAGAAACGUAGGUAUCGAAGAAAGAGUGUUGGGAUGAGAUUCCCGUGCUGAGAAGAGCUAGCAUGGGAGGCCCGACUGCUUAUCCUCAGAGAGGCCUGCUGACAAGGUCAGCCCUUGGCUGGUGUCUGCGAACUUGGAUUUUAGGAGCAUUCCACCAUUCCCAGAACCAGUAAAAGUGGCUCACUCUGUCUCAACUGUCUGUACAAACAGUGUCGUCAGUGCCACACACCUGUUCUCCUGGGAGUCUGGAUUUGGGUAGGUGCCAGGCAGGGCCUGCCUCAGUGACCAGCUCCCAGUACAAACUGGGCGCUGAGUCUCCCAAAGCCUCCUUGGUGGACAGCAUUUCACAUGUGCUGUCACAGCUCACACGGGAGUCAAGCUCAACCCAUGCCACUCCACUGGGCGAGAAUCUUGGAAGCUUGUGCCUGGGUUUCCCGGACUUCACCCCACAGGCCGUUUUCCUUUGCGAUUUUGCUUUGUAUCCUUUCACUAAUAAAUCAUUGCUGUGAGUGGAA